UAGUUCUUAUCCGUUCUUCAGGCGUUGGGUAAAAAGAUAUUCGGAAUAUGUUGGUGAUUUUAGGAUGUCUCUGUAUUUUGGUCCAGCUCGCACAAGGUCACCCUUCACCAAAGGUCACCUAUGAUGGACACAAGGUCCUCAAAAUUCUUCACCACACGCAAGACGACUACAGAAAACUUCUGAGAAUGGAACUACAGUUUGGUUUGGACUUUUGGAAGUUGCCUAAGCACGUAAACGAUUCUAUGUACGUACGUGUGGGACCACAGCACUAUGACUCGUUUGUAAAGCAGCUCACUGGUCUUAACACGGUGUUCUCUACGCUGAUAGAAGACGUCCAAGAUCUCCUCGACAGCCAGUCAAGUCCCAGUGUUGGCCAAACUAUACACGAGAGCCGUCGUGCUGCCAGUGCUUUAAGUAGUGGCAUGGUAUUAAAUACUUAUCAUAGAUAUGUUGCCAUAAACAAUUAUUUAGAUGACCUUACGCAGCUUGUACUACCUCGAGGCGUCACCGCCACAGUUCAGAGUAUCGGUACUUCUGAAGAGAACAGGGACGUCAAAUUAAUUAAGAUUAGCUCGCCAACUGGACUUGCUGCAAAACGCGGUAUUUUUAUAGACGGUGGGAUUCACGCCAGAGAAUGGGUGUCGCCUGCCACGGUGAUUUACACCAUUGAGCAACUUGCCUUCAAUCCGAAAUACGACGUUGGUAUUAAUACACUACUUGAGCGCUACGAUGUUUUCCUAGUACCAGUUGUCAAUCCUGAUGGUUAUGAAUACUCUCAUACGAACGAACGUAUGUGGAGAAAAAAUAGAAAGAUCAAUACUGGAAGCAGUUGUGUCGGCGUGGACCUUAAUAGAAACUUUCCCUUUCAAUGGGCACCAGCUAUAGGUGGAAGCACUAAUCCAUGCUUUGAUACGUUCAGCGGUGAUAGCCCAGGGUCCGAAGCUGAGACAGCCAAUAUUGUUAAUUUCCUCCGACAAAAUGGACAGAAUAUCGAUGCCUAUCUAACCGUACAUUCUUAUGGUCAAAUGUGGUUGUAUCCAUGGGGAUUUACGUCUGCUUUGCCUGCCGAUUACUUAGAUCUGGACAGUGCAGCAUUGUCAGCUGUGACUGCUAUAAGAAAUACGCACAACAAGAGGUACGAUAUAGGGUCAUCAACAAACGUGUUAUACGCCGCCGCUGGUGGUUCGGACGACUUUGCAAAGGGUGAUACAGGAAUUAAGUACGCAUACACGAUCGAACUCAGGGAUGUUGGUAGAUAUGGAUUCGCCUUACCCACCUCUGAGAUCAUACCGACAGCCGAAGAGUUCGUCGCGGGUUUAACGGCGCUUGCCGACAAUAUUUAUACCCGGGAAACUGGAAAGAAAUAAACUUGCAAUGAAACAUAUACAGUUUGAAAAAUAUUGUUAAUUAAAGACAACCAAUGUG